AUGGAUGUCAAUGGAGCGAGAUGGAUCAAGGAAAGCUCGCCAUCAAGCUCAAGGCUACCAGAAGAAGCCUCCUCCCCGAACCAAGCACCGCCGGAGAGAACCCUGGACUCAAGAGCGAGAACACGACCCGUGCACGACUUGCUUGCGGAACCAGUGACAGUGUACGUAAUGAGGCUGGGGCGCCUCUCUGGAGCCUUCUCGCGGCAUUAUUGCCGCCAGGAGCCCAAUUUCAAGCUGCCACGACAUCACGAAGCAUCUCAUGAUGGGCUUAACCAGCUUCAUGGUUGCGGUCGCAAUGGCACGGAAGGAUACAACACGAGGCAUUCAUGA